AUGACCUCCAAAGUUGGUCUCAGCGUUCCAAUGCCGCUCCUUGCCCCUGCGACUGCGACUUGGGCAGCUCCCUUUGCGGCCUAUUAUAUUUUCCUCCAGCUCCGCGUUGUGAGAAAGCGCUUCAGCACAAAGACUCGUCUGGGUGAUAAAGUGGCCGACUCGAAAGAAAACAUCGACCCCCUGCUUGUGGCUUCACGUGCGCAAGUCAACUUCGCCGAGAACGUGCCGUUGGCGCUUGGUAUUGCGCUCCUCGCUGAGAUCAAUGGAGGCAACAGGUUCUACAUCAAUUAUGCGCUUGGCGCACUCUUCGCCUUUCGCAUCAUCCACGCUGAAUUCGGCAUGUAUGUCAAGGGGGGCGCAGGCAUUGGGCGGCCUAUAGGCUUCUUGGGCACUCAGACGGUAGUGGCUGGGCUUGCUGGAUAUGCGGCGUACCUGAUCAAGGACUACUGGCUGAUCUGA